GUCGUUUUUCUUUUUCUUGCCGGGAAGCCGAGCGACCCUCGCAUUCAAAAGUUGCCAAGGCAGUUUUCUCUUCUGCAAGCCACUGAAGCCACUAAACGCCGGCGCAGCGCGGGUCAAUCAACGUGUGCAUAUCUCUAUGUUAUAGUAAUCAGCUGCGAGGCAAAAGGAACUGCGCCUCCCCGCCCUCAACACUUGCGAAGACUUACGAGACCUGCGUAAGCGCUUUGGGGCUUGUGACUGGUUGACUCUUCCCUAUGAUGGACAUUACAUGUCAUCGAGGGUUCAUGCGUAGGUAUUUAAACUUUAGGUAGCCUCUUUAUUAACUCUGCCUGUCUGUUUUUGUGAUUUCUUUCUUCCUCUUCCUUCUAUUCAAACAUCCACCUAUAGACUUCUCGUAGACAAUAUACUAGAGAACCUACAAAAGACACCUUAUUAUUACUGUAGAACCAACAAACCCGUCCUUCCUCGUCCCCAGCGACGAUCUCUCUCCCAACCUCCUAAAUUUCCACAAUCUCAAGUCCAACAAAACAACAAAACAACAAAACAAGAUGUCAGCCGCAGACUACUACGGCAACAACGGCGGCGGCUACGCGCCACCCCGAAACCAAUCCUCCUCAUCACCCUACCCGUCGCAGCCCCAGUACGCGCAGACGCCCUCACAAUCCCCGUACCCCCAACAACCCAGCUACGCUUCCGCCACCGGCGGCGCACCCUCGCAAUCGCCGUACCCUUCCCAACCGACCUACGCCCAAUCCCCGCAGUCGCAAAACUACCUCGCGCCGUACCACCCGCAGCAGCAGCAGCAGCAGUACGCGCGUCCCGGGUCUGCCCAUUCGGACGCCGGGUACCCGCCGCCCGCCUACGGGGCGGGCGACGGGACUCCGCAAGGCCGUCCUCACUCGGCAGAUCCGUAUAGCUCGGACGCGAACCGCGCGCCGGGCCAGGAAGGCGAGGACGGCGAGCGCGGGCUCGGCGCGACGCUGAUCGGUGGCGGGGCGGGAGGGUUUCUAGGGCAUAAGCUAGGGAAGGGGAAGCUGGGGACUAUGUUGGGGGGUGCGGUGGGUGCGGUGGCGGCGAAUAUGAUUGAGCAUAAGUUUGAGCGGAAGAAUUCGAAUCAGAGUCACCAGAGCUAUGGGAGUCAUGGGCAUGGACAUGGGCACGGGCACCAUUCGCAUCAUGGUUCGUAUAGUGGGUCGUAUAGCGGGUCGCCUGUCCCGGGGGGGUAUUAUGGCGGGUUUCAGGGGGGCUCGCCGGGGGGGCAUGGGCAUCACCACCACCAUGGGGGGCAUGGACAUCAUCAUGGGCAUCAUGGGCAUCAUAGCCCUGGGUGGUAGGGGUGUGAUGGGGUUAAAGAAUAAGGAAAAGAAAGGGCUUACGAGUGUGGAAUGGAUAGGAUACCGGUACCUACUAUAGAUACGAAUUUCCUUGGCUUAUGGGGAUUUGGAGAUAAACUAGAAUUCUCGCAACGGCGCACUUAUCGGUCGGUAUGGGUUUCUGGGAAUUUUAUCGCCCCCCUUUUUAUGUUUUGAGGAAAGAGG